UCUUCCACGGUGGCUCCUCUCUUCUUUUACGUGGCAACGCGUCAGGCGACCGGCGAGACAUACGGAGCACAAAGAGAGAGAAUAUUCAUUAUAAUAUUAUUAUAUUUCCUUUGUCGUUUCGGUUAUAGAUACAAUUUAAGCCCUGCUUUAUUUUUUAUCAUGGGGCUUACGAUCUCAUCGCUGUUUGGCAGACUGUUUGGCAAGAAACAAAUGAGAAUACUGAUGGUGGGUUUGGAUGCCGCAGGUAAAACCACAAUACUUUACAAACUCAAACUGGGAGAGAUUGUGACCACCAUUCCUACUAUAGGUUUUAAUGUGGAGACUGUUGAAUACAAGAACAUCUGCUUCACCGUGUGGGACGUCGGUGGCCAGGACAAAAUUCGUCCUCUCUGGAGACAUUAUUUUCAGAACACACAGGGUCUGAUCUUUGUGGUGGACAGCAAUGACAGAGAGAGAGUAGCUGAAUCUGCAGAGGAACUUGCUAAAAUGUUGCAGGAAGAUGAACUGAGGGAUGCAGUAUUGCUGGUUUUCGCUAACAAACAGGAUCUGCCUAACGCCAUGGCUGUCAGUGAACUUACAGACAAACUUGGGCUACAGAGUCUGCGCAGCAGAACGUGGUAUGUUCAAGCAACCUGUGCAACGCAAGGGACUGGACUCUAUGAAGGAUUGGAUUGGUUAUCAAAUGAGCUCUCCAAACGCUAGUAUAUCUGUUCAUGGUGGCCAGAUAUGUGUGAAUCUUGGAAUGACAGAGGAUUAAGUUCAUUCUGUCCUCAAGAACUUGUGUGUAUGCGUGUAUAUGAGUGUGUGAGAUGUGAAGGAGCUAUCAAGUGUUCAGCAUCGUUUCUAAUCUAUCCUAUUUGUCUUUUUCUAUGCUGUAUUCCUACUAAUAUUCUUUUAAUUUUUCUUUAGAAAUCCGAUUGUUUUUCUAUGACUGUAAAAUAAUGCUUAAAUUGCACGUUUUCUUGAUAACUGUGAGAGCAUUAUGGCACAAGAAGAAAGGAAGGUGUUGAAGUAAUCCUGGGUGGAGGGGAUCCUCUCGUGCAAGUCGUUAAAGCCGCUGCGCAUUCAAGUUCACCGCAAGAUCUCUGUUGCAGUGCUGUCCGAGUCACAGGCCCCGCUGCUGUAACCAAGAACUUUCCAUUUCACAGCGAUUCAUUUUAUUCUGAAGGGUGUUUUUUGUAUAGCUACACAUUAACUUAUGUUGCAAAAGGCUGAUUUCAGGGACUUUGUCACCAACAGAAUCUUUGA